AUGGUUGGCAAGCUUUUGACCACCAUUUUGGUUUAUAUAGACCCAGAUCCCUUCAGAAAGUGUCUGGUGAUUCCACCUUGGCAUCGACUUCCUUCCUCUCCACCACCGGCUGAAACUGCUGGACUCGCGUCCCGCCCGGGACUCCGGGACUCGCCACGAUCACGCGAGGGGCACGCGUGUGUGGUCUCAAGGCUGGGAAGUCCCAAGCAGCGCUUCACCGCGGUCUUCGACACGGGCUCCGGGAUUACGUGGGUCCCGGGUGCAGACUGUAAGAGUGACACCUGUUCGGAGCACCAUCGCUUCGGGGUGGAUGGUUCCAAGAGUUUCCAGGAGUUCGCUCCCGGCGCGCGGGCGGAUGGCACCAUCCACUACGGCACAGGGCAGGUGGAGUACGUCGACGGCCGCGAUACGUUGACCUUCUGCGACAGCCACAGUGACCCGGGAUGUCAUGGGAUGAAGGCGAAGCAGCUCAAGGUCGAGAGCCAACCCUUCGGCAUGUCCACCAACCAGACGGACUACCCCUUCCGCAUCCUGCCCUUCGACGGCAUCCUGGGGCUCGCGCCCUCGGCCUCCAGUGGCUCCGUCAUGCACGCGCUGAAGAAAAGCAACGCCUUGGAUCGGAACCUCUUCGGCGUCUACCUUUCAGAGGACACCCACCGGAGUGGCAGCAUCUCCUUUGGCGGCAUCGAAAACGCACACAUCGCGCCGAAGAGCCCUUUGACUUGGCAUCAGAUCCAGAACGACCAGGAGUGGACCCUGGCGAUGAAGGACAUCCUGGUGGAUGGAAAGCCGCUGCACGCCCUUUGGCAGGAUCUUCUGGGGAUCUGCGACGACCGGCCGGACGGCGUGUGCCCGGCGGUGGUGGACACGGGAAGCUCCUUGAUCACGGGGCCCAGCGGCGAGGUGGAGAAGCUGUUGAGCAAAGUGCGAUUGAAGGAGGACUGCAGCAACUUAGGCAAGCUGCCCAAUGUGAGCUUGCGCAUCGCCGACCGCAAUGGCGUCCUGACCGACUACCCUUUGACACCCGAGGAGUACACCCUGAAGAGUCUGGAUGAGGUGCCACAGACCGGGAACUCGGAAUACCUCAAGGAGUUCCCAGUGCUGGGCGGUUCUGGAGACCAGGUGCCCGAAGUGAAGCCUCGCUGCGACCCCGAGAUGGGCGUCAUGGAUGUGCCCGGUCGGAAAUGGGUCAUUGGCGAUACCUUCCUCAGGCGUUACUACUCCAUCUACGACGACGACCGCGGACUGGUGGGCUUCGCGAAGAGCAUCCAUCCGGACGAGGUGCGCGAUCGGUCACGAGCGGUGCCGAUCUGGUGCGAGGCCGUCCGCUGGGUCGCUCGCCCCUGCGCGACCGUCUCUCCGAUCUCGCAGACUCCGAUCUCUCCGAUCCGGUGUGGUUUCACCGGUCACUUCGGUCCCAAAAAGUGCCUUCGUUUUGGGAGGUGGAGGUGACGGCUUUCCGAGGGGAGGAGCUGUGAAAGUGGAGGCCACCGAACCUUCAUCGCUGGGGUCAAAAAAGGAGGUCGCGGGGGACCACAGGGAGAGUAUGAGGAGGUG